GACCCGCGCAAUAUUUACAACCAUCUGCACCCAUAUCGACCGGCACAACACACCGCCAGUCACAACAUCCCAAAAACAUCCAACAUGUCGGCCCCCAACGCUACCAACGGCGACCAGGUCACCGCCGAGAAGAUGACGAGCAAGGACUACUACGCCGACUCGUACGCCCACUUUGGCAUCCACGAGGAGAUGCUCAAGGACCAGGUGCGCACCCUGAGCUACCGCAACUCGAUCGUGCAGAACAAGCACCUCUUCAAGGACAAGGUCGUGCUUGAUGUCGGCUGCGGUACUGGUAUCCUGUCCAUGUUCGCCGCGUCCGCCGGCGCCAAGCAGGUCAUUGGCAUCGACAUGUCCAACAUCCUCGACCAGGCGCAGAAGAUCAUCGAGGCCAACGGCUUCAAGGACAAGAUCACCCUCAUCAAGGGCAAGCUCGAGGACGUCGAGCUUCCCGUCAAGCAGGUCGACAUUAUCAUCUCCGAGUGGAUGGGCUACUUCCUCCUCUACGAGUCCAUGCUCGACACUGUCCUCCUCGCCCGUGACAAGUACCUUGCCCCCGGCGGUCUCCUCUUCCCCGACACUGCGACCAUCUACCUCGCUGCCAUCGAGGACCAGGACUACAAGGAGGAGAAGAUCAACUUCUGGGACGACGUCUACGGCUUUGACUACUCGUGCAUCAAGGACAUUGCGCUCCGCGAGCCCCUCGUCGACUGCGUCGACCUCAAGGCCGUCACGACGCAGCCCUGCGCCAUCCGCCACAUCGACAUCCGCACCGUCACCAAGGAGGACCUGACCUUCAAGGUGCCGUACGAGCUCAAGGCGACGCGCAACGACUACGUGCACGCCUUCCUCGGCUGGUUUGACAUCUCCUUCUCGGCAUGCCACAAGCCCAUCAACUUCUCCACUGGCCCCCACGCAAAAUACACGCACUGGAAGCAGACGGUGUUCUACACGCCCGAGACGCUCACCGUGUCUGAGGGCGACGUGAUCAAGGGCACCCUCUCGUGUGCCCCCAACUCGCGCAACAACCGCGACUUGGACAUUGUCAUCGAGUACGAGGUCGAGGGCGCCGAGCCAACCAAGGGUGUCAUGGAGUACAAGAUGUCGUAAUCGCUACAACGCUACCCCGCAUCGCAAAACCCCCAUACCCCUACUCCCCCUCAUCCGCUACAUCAACUGUUCCACCAUGGCCCUACAGGUACUAGGAUGGAUGUGGUCGACGAUUUAGAUAGUGCAUUGUACGAUACCCUCAUGCAAGCGCGCCGGCGCCGCGCUACCGCUAGACCUGUUGCAGGAGCGGCCCCAAGGCCUGCCUGGCUGGUACAAGACUGCGUCGUCUAACAUCUCUAGGAUUGAUGUUUUUCUCUACGGUGGUGACGGUGUACAGCUGCUCCGUCGCGCCGUCACGUCCGUCCGCUCUAGCCCACGCUACGCGCCGAGACGCUUGCGAUCUCCCCAAGCGUCGUCGACCUUGGUGAGCUCGCCCUGGACGCGGCGCACGCCGUCCUUGCGGGCCUGGCGGGCGUUGGUCCAGCCGCUCGGGAUCUCGAUGCCGUCGAGGUCGAGCAGCCCGCGAAGGAGAAACUCGGACAGGCGGGCAUGCUCGACCUGGAGCUUGUCCAUCGGGAGGGCGUGUUUUGGCUUGUUGGUCGCGUUCUUCGAGGUCUGGGACACGAAGGUCGCGAUGGACGGCACGAGCGGGUCGACGCACCCGCCGACGAGGUUGUUGAUCCAGUCGACGAGCACCUGCUCGUUGUCCGUCUCGGGCUGCUUGUUCUUCUUCUUGACGACCUGCUGGGGCGGCGGCGCAGGCUCGGGCGCCGACGGCACCUCGCCCUCCUUGCCGACCAACACGAGCGCCGAGCCGUCCUGGAUCCCGUACGACGAGACGGUCAGCGAGGGAUCCUUGAGGACCGCGCCCUUGAAGAUGAGCUUGAGCUGGUUUUGUGGGAUCGACGUCUGGUGCGCCAGCGUGCCGAUGAGCUGCGAGAGCGGCGUCGUCGAAGGCGAGGGGAUGGGGACGUUGAACCUGUUGCAGCCCCACUUGAUGUGGACGACAAUCUGCCCCGACUCGUUCUCCUGCUGCGCGCGCCGGAAGGGGUUUCUAAACGCCAUACUGGGGGCUGUGGGGCGCGACGAGGGGCCGGCAGUGUCGGCGCCGUUGGCAGCGUAGGGGUGUCCGCGCGAGUUGCGGCGUGUGACGGGCGGCAUUGUGGUGGUUGUGGUGUGAAGACGUUGGUUGGGAUGUUGUUUCAGUAGUGUUGGUGAUGAGUGAGUGUGCCGGUCGUUGUCGUGUGGUCACGGGGGUGAUGUGGUGUCGGUCGGUCGGUCGGUUUAGCGAGGAGGCAAGACACGACGCAGAGUUAAACACCAG